GGAGCAAAUAGUGGAGGUAUAAAUGGAAACACGAGCAACAAUAACACGCAGUCCGAGUUCGACUCUUACCAAAAUGCAUGCGCGUGCGGUUCUUCUGGUGUGCUGUGUGGUCGGUAGCACCGUAGCCUACUAUCCGCAACGGCAGCCGCCAUACAACACAGGACCUAACGACCUUUACUCCGUAGAGGUCAACUCCAAUUUUCUUCCCGAGCAAUCGCAACGGUUGUUCUUCGGCAAUGGACAAGGCUCUAAUCAGGUUGGCGGCUCGGGUCUAUGGGCUUCGUUGACCAACAAGUUCCCAUGGCUGGGGAACAUGUUUGGCAGAAUGGAGCUGGCCCCGGAGUACGGCGUGCCGCAGGUGUCGACGCAGUACGGAGCGCCAGCGAGGUUCCAGCCGCAGUACUACCAGCCACAAGUGUACACACCACAGACGUACCAGGCCCCACAAACGUACCAAGUCCCACAGACAUACCAAGCUCCACAAACGUAUCAAUUCCGCCAAACAUACCAAGCCCCACAAACAUACUACCAGCAACCGUCCCAGUUCGGAAGAAUCCUCCCUGGUGGCCGUGACGUCGGUUUAACUGACGAUGCCGUCAUUGUAACACCACCUCAGGUUCCCGUAAUGCCGGUCCAACCUGUACAACCAGUGAGGCCUGUGCAACCACCACAACCCGUGCCGCCGCAACCCGCACCGGAAACCGAGGGAUACUCAUACAACAAACCCCAAUACAGGCUCGAAUUGCCUCACAAAUAACUAAACGAAUAACCCGAAGCAAUUCAUAUGUAACGUUCUACGGAAAAGCUUUAAAUGAUUCGAUUGAUACUACCUAUAAAUAUAUUGUAAUAUUGUUAUAUUCAAACUGAGCAUUCAUCCCGUAGAACUUUACAUAUUAGUUUAAUAAGUCACUUAUACAAGACUAGCACAAAAAUAAAAAAAUAAACAAAUUACACCGUUUGACAAAUUACUUACCUUUUCGUAUUUAAAGUACUUACUUACUUAAUUAAAUGAAGCUUGGUCGAAUUAGUAGUGAAUUAGAGAUGAUGACGUAUAUUUUACGGGUAUUAUUAAGA